AUGACUGCACCAAGCAAGAAGAUCUUCAUCAUUGGUGGCACAGGCGCGCAAGAGCUUGUGAAGGACAACGCCUACUCCGUUCGCAUCCUCACUUGGAAUCCUAGCAGCAAGCGUGCACAAGAUCUCGCCACUCUCCCCAACGUCGAACUCCAAGAAGGCAAACUCGACAGCGAUGAGGAGCUUCGCCGGGGUUUCCAAGGCUGCUGGGGCGCCUUCGUCAACCUCGAUGGGUUCGUAAUUGGGCAGAAGAACGAGAUCUUCUGGGGUAUCAGGUCUUAUCAGCUUGCUCAGGAGGCUGAGAUCAAGUUCUUUGUCUGGGGUAAUCUAGACUAUGUACUCCGAGAAGCUAAUUAUGACCCCCAACACCACUGCGGCCACUACGAUGCCAAAGGUGCUGUUGGCGAAUUCAUCCUUGCGCAGAACAAUUGGCAUGCAGAGAGGGCUCGUAAGGCACCGACUCGAGAGAUGAGUUCUAUGGGCGCCGCUCUCUUCACCACUGGACCAUAUCUAGACAUGGCUCUAUCGAAAUUUACUCCCAUGACGCCCAAGAUCGCUGAGGAUGGUGUUGUGGAAUGGCAGAUCCCCCUCAACAGCGGCGCAGUCGUGCAUAUUGCGCUCGAAGACUGCGGCAAGUACGUGAGAUGGCUCUUCGACCAUGCCCUCGCCCUUGACGGCCAACCAGGACGAUCCCAUGGCAUGAAUCUCGCCGUAGCGAACGAACACGUCAAGUACGAGGACCUCGCCGCAGCCUUUGCAAAAGUAACUGGCCACCCUGCUCGCUUCAUCAAUGUGAGCGAAGAGGACUAUUGGUCCGCCAUGCCCUCGGAAAUGCUCUCGCAGCGAAUCGGGAAGCAGUACUCGGACAUGCAGGACACGGACGGAAGUCUAAUGACCUUCCAGGAGAACUUCCGGAGUUUCUGGAGAAUGUGGCAGGCUUGUGGCGGGGAGGAGCCGUUGAUCAAACGGGAUUAUAGGCUGUUAGAUGAGAUUCUGCCGGAUAGAAUCAAGACGGUUGGGGAGUGGAUGGAGAGGAAUCGUGAGAUGGCUGUGGCGGUGGUGGAGGUAAAGGCUGGAAUGAUUCUGAAGAUACAUGAGGAUCGAGCGUGA